AUGAACAAGAUGUUCUCAGGUUCACAAGCUCUUGUUGUCGGUGGCACAAGCGGCAUUGGCUACGCGAUAGCUAAGCGCCUCGCUACAUCUCCCAACUACCAAUUCUCCUCAAUCACCAUCGUCGGCCGCACCAAACCAGCCACAAUGCCAGAAAACCUGUCUUUCCGCGCUGUCGAUGCAAGCUCUAUGAAAGCAUUGAAAGAUUUCGCACGAGACUUUCGCGCACAAGAUCAAAAACUAGAUCUUCUAGUCAUGACCCAAGGAAUUUUAACUAUGGCCGGAAGAACGGAAACACCGGAGGGCAUCGACAAGAAGAUGGCCUUGCACUUUUAUGGAAAACAGCUUUUGAUUAGAGAACUGAGUCCGAUCAUGAGUCCCGACGCGAAAAUCAUGAUCGUCCUGGAUGGAAAGAACGGAGAUGCGAAGAAGCUGAACUGGGAAGAUCUUGACCUAAAGAAUACUUUCAGUCUAGCCACAGCGGCAAAUCAUUGUAUCACCAUGAAUGACGCCAUGGUCCAGCACUAUGCAGCCACUCAAUCGGAUGGAAACAAGAGAUUCUUCACACACGCAUAUCCAGGUGUUGUGGAUACAGCAACAGCAAAGAACAGCGCUUGGUAUUUUCGGGCUUUGUCAAAAGUGGUCUCCACCAUUGCGGGAUCUACUCCUGAUGAAUGCGCAGAGAGAUUACUAGAUGGUAUGUAUGCACGGGCUGAGGAAGAGGGAGGGAAGGAUGUGUUUUGGGCUAAUAUCGAUAAUCAUGGGAAGAAGAUUGAGGGGAAGAAGGUUUGGACUGCGGAGGAAAGGGAGAAGAUUGCGAACCAUACUUGGAAGAUUGUCGAUGGUAACUAG